AUGUUGGUGGUUCCAGCGCUGCUAGAGGGAGACGCGGUGGAUGUCGAGGGCUUCGCGCACUCGGGGGAGAUGUUGCGGCGAAAGCCCAGCGUGGGGUCGGACGUCCGGCAGUUCUCCAAGAACAUUGCGGGGCGAGCCAUGGUGUGCACCUCGGUGCUGUCGGUGGUGCCUCGAGAGAUCUCGUUCGGGAAUUGCAACAUCGGGUUCGAGGAUUACCUACAUCGACCAAUGGAUGCAGGAACAAAGCUUAAGGUCAAAUUCGGGACCGGGGACACAGGAUUUCGAGAACGACGGAGAAAUAGGACGGUAGACGACGAAGACGACGAGUUCAAAUGUGAUUGCGGCUUCGAAUGCGAAGACCGUGUUCAUGUAGUCGUGGAAUGUCCGUUGUACAAGAAGGAGAGGGAGGCGGUUAGCUGCAAGCCGGCCAGGCUUGAUAUCCCCGCGCACGGCAAGGCCGAGAUGAAGGUCGAGUACGUGCCGCGCAAGAUCAACUACAAGUACCGGAAGACUUUGACGGUGAUGAACGCCCACAACCCCCACGGCCACGCGGAUGUGGAGAUCGCAGCGAGCAACACGGACACCCACCACGUGCUCUACCACUCGCACUUUUACAAGGUGUUCGUCAAGAACCGCAUGCGGCAGCAGCAGGUGUACUUCAACCACACCGUUACCGGAUGCCCGGAGCUGCGCACCUUCGACGUCCAGAAUGUGUGGAACCUCCCGCUGCUGUUCGAGAUAGGGGCCGACACCCCCGAGAUUGAGGUGCAGGGUGUGUUAGCAGUGUGUGUGGGUUUCAAUAAAAGGAGGCACCGACCGUAUCAUGAUAGCAGUUGGAAAGGAAAGGAACAAGAGGUUCCUGUCCGCGGGUACCCCGCAGAAGGAGGCCGCGCAGACUGGACCAUAUGA